CUCGCGAGGCUCGCGCCGCACACUACGCGUCCCGGCGUCCUUUGCGGCGCGGCGGGGCGGGGCCGCCUCCUCCUGCCGCCGCGGGGCCAGCGCGCGCCGGCGGUGCCGCCGCCGACGUCAUCACGUCGCGGGACGUCGGCGGCCCUCACCGCAGGGACCUGCAGCAGCCAUUUGGAAGGAAGCUGGGAAGAUCUGAACGUGCGGCUGUGGUGGAAGGUGAAGGGCAGAGAUAACCAGCGCCCGCUGCUCUGCUGAGGGUUGAUGUCCUCCUCCUCCACCAGCCUGGAAAGAUGUCUGCGGGGGGAGCCCCCCAGCCUGCCCACAUCCUGAACCUGCUCCCGUAUCCCAGACUGAACGAGGUGCCAAGAGCUGGACACGAGGUGGAUUCUGUUGGCGUAGAAAUCCCAUCGGAUCCCUGCACAGGCUACAGAUUUUUCAAGCCCGGUGGCUUGUUCGGUAUUAAACAGUCGGAGGAGCCAUACACUGAAGGCCAGCAGAUGCAGGAGGAGAGCAAGAUCCUCGUGAGCCCUUGUGCAGUUGAGCCCGGUCGAACAAAUAAAGUUGAGCAGCAGGAGGAGAAGCCUGGGUGCACUGCUGGCUCCCUGGAGCUCUAUCCCGCAGCCGCAAGCAGUUCCAGCCGCUGGUUUCACGGCGGGCCACGCGCGGCCGACCGGGCGGCCAUGGAGAGGGACGGCGCGGCCGGCCUCAGCCAGGUCUCGGCCAGGGUGGCCUGCUGGGUGCCCCAGCUCGGGGCUGGCCCCUUCAGGUGCGCCCAGUGCGGGAAGGGCUUCCGCCAGAAGCAGAGCCUCAUCACGCACGAGAGGAUUCACACGGGGGAGAAGCCCUACAGGUGUGGGGACUGCGGGAAGAGCUUCAGCCAGAGGCCCAACCUCCUGACCCAUCGGCGCGUGCACACCGGGGAACGCCCCUUCCCCUGCGCGCAGUGCGGCAAGAGCUUCAGCCAGAAGGCCAACCUCCUCGCCCACCAGCGGAUACACGCCGCCGGGGAGAAGGCGCUAGCCGGGGGCGACCAGGAGGACGGCACGUCCGCCAAGCCGAAGCUCCGAGCCCAGCAGAGGAGCUACCAGGAGGACACCCCCUUUGUGUGCCCUGAGUGCGGGAAGAGCUUCCGGCAGAAACCCAACCUCAUCACCCACCGGCGAAUCCACACCGGGGAGCGCCCCUUCACCUGCUUCCUCUGCGGCAGGAGCUUCAACCAGAAGACCAACCUGGUGACGCACUACCGCGUGCACACGGGCGAGCGCCCCUUCGCCUGCACCCAGUGCGGCAAGCGGUUCACCCAGAAGACCAACCUGGUGACGCACCAGAGCACCCACACGGACGUCCGCCCCUACCCCUGCGGACAGUGCCAGAAGUGCUUCAAGGACAAAGUGUCCCUGAAAGCACACCAGAAAACCCAUGCUCCGCGCCAGCGGAGGUGCCCGGGUCGGAGUCCGGCUGCGGCCCUGCCCUAUGGGGCUGCGCCCACGCUGCUCCAGCCGGGAGGCCCGGAACAAGAGACCCCCUUCACUCCUAUGCCACCGCUGCCUGUUCAGAAGAUCCCUGAAAGCCAAGAGCUGUACUCGUGUACGGAGAAGAGCUUUCCCCCGAAGGAGCAGCUCCUGCCGCAUCAGCACGCCGCGCUGGGGGAGCAGUCCUUCCCUUGCGUGCAGUGUGGGGAAGGCUUUUGCCAGAAGGUGACUCUCCUGAGGCAGCAGCACAGUCCUGCGGUGGAGACUCCCGGCGGGUGUGCGACCGGCUUCAGCCACAGCCAGCAUCUCCUGGGGCACUUGGGAGUGCCGCCUGGCCUCGGCGAUGGGCCUCCCCCUGCUCCGCCCGCCCCUGGGGCCGAGAAGCCCUUCAUCUGUAACCAGUGCGGCAACAGCUUCGGCUUGUGGUUGUCCCUUGUGGCCCAUCAGAAGAGUCACGUGGGGCAGAAGCCCUAUCAGUGCCCCGACCAUGAGAAAAGCUCCGGCGAUGAGCUGUCCCCCAAAGCCCCCCCGGAGAAGCAGGUGGAAGGGAGAGCCUGGGUGUGCCCGGAGUGCGGGAGGAGCUUCGCUCAGUACGAGCGCUUGGUGAAGCACCGGCAGAACCACCGGGGCAGAGGGCCCUACCGGUGUGACGUCUGCGGGAAGAGAUUCAGCCUGAAAACCAACCUGGUGACGCACCAGCGCAUCCACACCGGGGAGCGCCCCUUCACCUGCGGCGUGUGCGGCAGGCGGUUCAACCAGAAGGGGAACCUGGUGACGCACUACCGCACGCACACCGGGGAGCGGCCCUUCGCCUGCACCCAGUGCGGCAAGCGCUUCGCCCAGAAGCCCAACCUCAUCGCCCACCAGAAGACCCACACGGGCAGGCAGCCCUUCACUUGUCUGGAGUGCCCCAAGCGCUUCAAGAGCAAGCUCUCCCUGCGAGUCCACCAGCGAGUGCACGCAGCGGAGCGCUCCCCGGGCGAGCCGGUCUCGGGGCAGGCGCCCAGCCUGCAAGCCCACCCUGGGAGCCCCUAUCCCUGCUCCCUCUGCGGGGAGACCUUCGAGGAGCACGGAGAUCUGCAGCUUCACCGCCAGGGCCACGCUGGGGAGCGGCCGCACGCCUGCGCCGAGUGCGGGAAGCGCUUCCGGCAGAAAGUGAACCUCGCUGUUCACCAGAGGACCCACACCGGGGAGAGGCCGUUCCGCUGUGCCGAGUGCGGGAAGGGCUUCAGCCAGAAGGCCCAUCUCCUGCGGCACCGCCGGACGCACGCCGGGGCCGUGCCGCCCUCUUGCUGCGAGGGGACCUGCCCGGCACAUCAGGAGGAGCCCGAGGGAAGCGCUCCCCUGGGGAAGGGAUCCGAACCUCCCAACGUGCUCCUGUCCCCCUGCUCCAGGGGAGCCGCUCACGGAGCGCUGGCUCGGGAAGAGCUUCGGCCGGGAGUGCAGCCCCCAAACAGACCAGACAGCCCGUCCGGGGCAGCAGACAUCCUUCUGCAGCUGAUGCAGGAAGACCAUCACCUCGUGUCCGGCGCUCACCAUCCGCAGGAGGGACCCGCGGGGCAGUGCCCCUGCAAAUGCGCAGAGGCUGGGGAGAGCUUGAGCGAGAAGCCAAGCCUGCAGCCGCAGUGCUGCUGCACUGACUGCAUGAGCCAGCGGCAGCUGCUUCUGAAACCGCAGCAUGACUGCAGAGCGGAGAUCUGGUGCAAGUACGGUGGCUGCGGCAGAAGCUUUGAGGAUAAGAGAGUGCUGAGAGUGCCUGAGAGAGCACACGCCGAAGAGAAGACCUCUCCGUGCCCAAGCUGCUUGGGCGGCCAGCGGGCGCCCAUGACUGACCUGGCCUCGCCCACGGGCGAGAACCCCUUCGCCUUCCCCGGCGGCGAGGAGAGCUUCGGGGAGGAGAAGGUGCUGGUGAUCCACAGCCAGGCGGAGGAGGAGGCGGAGAAGGAGUUCAAGUGCAUCCUGUGCGGGGAAUGCUUCGGCCAGCAGCCCAGCCUCACCCGGCACCAGAAGCACCACGCCGGGGAGCGCGCCUUCAUCUGCGCCGAGUGCGGCAAGGGCUUCAGCCUCAAGCACAACCUCAUCAUCCACCAGCGCAUCCACACCGGGGAGCGGCCCUACCAGUGCGGCGUCUGCCAGAAGAGCUUCAGCCUCAAGCAGAACCUGCUCACCCACCAGCGCAUCCACAGCGGCGAGAAGCCCUUCUCCUGCGCGCAGUGCGGGAAGCGCUUCCGCGAGCAGCGCUUCCUCCUCAACCACCAGCGCACGCACGCCGAGGACCGGCCACGCACCGCCGCCACCGCCACCGCCGCCACUGCCGCCUGCAGCCGCUCGCCGCGGCCGGAGGCGCAUGAGGAGAGCCGCGGCCCCGGGGCGGCGGGCGGCCCCUUCGCCUGCGCCCAGUGCGGCAAGGGCUUCAGCUGCCGGAGCAGCCUGGCCACGCACCAGCGGACCCACACGGGAGAGCGGCCCUUCGCCUGCCCCCGCUGCGGCAAGACCUUCAGCCAGAAGGGCUCCCUGAAGAUCCACCAGCGCACGCACACCGGCGAGACCCCCUUCGCCUGCGCCCAGUGCGGCAAGAGCUUCGCGCAGAAGGUCAACCUCACCACGCACCAGAGGACCCACGUGGCGGAGAAGGCCCUCACGGAAUGACGACCAGGAAGGCGAGAGGGAAGCUGGAUCCUGUGAGCCGCGAGGAACAUCGGUGCGUUUUGCGAGGAAAGAGCCCCGCUGCCCCACGGCGCCUGCCGUAAGCUGGGAGAGGGCCGCGAAGCAGAGGAAGCAGCGUCUGUCUCAUCCUACGUGUGCAGCGAGCCCGAAGCAGCACAGAAACCGCGCAAAAUAAAAGUCAAAUAAAACCCAAAGCCUGAGCGUAGAGACUGCUUCCGAGGCAGCAGCAGCUCCGGCCCGGAGGAGGGACCGCGGCGAGGCCGGGCGGCGGCACGUCCCCUGCGGAGGGGCAGGCUCUGCCGGGCUCCGGGCAGAGGUAAGUUUUGGUGCCCGUGGCGGAAAGCUGGACGCAGGACGCGCUGGAGGUGAGCAGCCCCGGGGGCGGCCGCGGGGCCGGGGCAGCGGGGACCGACUGCGAGCACCUGCGGGUGGGGAAGGCUCUGCUCCGGGGACCGGUGCCGGCACCGCUGAGCCCCCCGCGCCCCGGCCGGGGGGGAUUAGCUGCAGCGGAGACGGGACGACCGGCCUCCUCGGCGGUCCCGGUCGCAGGAGAAGCCGCGGGCGCCGGACAAGAGGAGCACGGCAGCGUCCCGGACCUGCCCCGCGGCACAGUGCCUGGAUGCCGACAUCCCGCCUCGGUCCCUCACCCUUCGCAGCCCAGGGAAGUCGCAUCCAUCCCAGGCCACCGCCGCGGGCCCGUGGCUUCCCGCGCCGUCCCUCCACGCGGGCCUGGCACCGCAUGCUGCUCUCGCCCGGUCCCCUCUGCUGCCCAUUUCGGUUCUGUGCCUGAAACCUGGGGAGGGUCAUUAAUGCUCUGAAAGGAGGCAGGAUUUGCUGUGUGCAUCGGUGAGGGGAUGCGGAUGGGUUUCCCCCAGAGAGACGGAGGAGGAGGAGGGUUUCGGGCAUCGCGUAUCGCCAGCGUAAAGCUCGGAGCCCGGCCGCCUGGGCUGCUCCCGCCUGUGUCGCUUGCGGUGGAAAAGCAGCUUCCUCUGUCGUCGCUUUGUGCUGUUAAUCAGCCCUUCGCAUUUCACCCUGCUCGCUUGGGGAAUGAAGCCGGACUGGUUGGUUUUCCUUUCUGCCGCGCUGGCCCCGGGGCUUGUCGCUAGCCGUGCUCGGCGCUGGGCUCCCAGCGCGCAGGACGGUGCCGUACACGGGGAGGAAGAGUGGGGAAGAGCCUUCCUCUCAGAGAGGCACCGCUGGGAUGAAUUUUCCCCAGCUGAGGAGUCUGAAGAGCGGCUGCCUGCGGGGCCCAGCUCCCAGUGACGGAGACAUCCCGGUCCCUGCUGACUCCCGAGGGAGCUGGAGCAGGACUCCCGCUUGCAGAGCCCCGAGCGGGGAACGCGGGGCAGCAGCACGGAGCGCGCCCGGCUCCUACGCUGACACCCGUUCGCAUGUGUGUGACGUUUAGUACGUGCUCAGCACUCUGCAGAACAGAGUCCCUGCGCCUGGGUCCUCCAAGCCGGUCGGAGCUUGGGGCAAUGCAGCAGCCCGGAUCCUGCAGCGUGCAACGCCUCGGCCCGGCAGCAGGCUCUGGGACGGAUAUAAAUGCAGCCCUCCAACCCCGUGGCGGGGGCGGUCGGUGCAUGUCCCCCCCGGGACGCACGUGCUGUUUCGCUGCGCCCUUCCCGUGAGCGGAGAGGAGCAACGGGGCAGGCUGGCCCGGGCUCCCGCGGAGGACGCUCGGUCUGGACCGUCGGCCGGGGGCCGUGCAGGGACCCUCCCGGCGCGGGGACAAGCAGAGGGACGGAGGAGGCCGUGCAGAGGCGGAGGAUGCUGCUGAGCAGGUCCGAGGCACGCAGGGCAUCAGGGCUCUCCUGGAGCGUGGGAGAGCGGUUUCGACAGGGCUGCAGCUGCAACGCUAGAGCUCGGCAGAGGAAGACGUCCCUGCAAAUCGGCUUUGUCUGUUGAGCAAGUCACUGAACGACUCUCUCCUCUGUGCUGGCUCUGGACCUUUCUCGCUCUGAAUUUCAUUCCCGCGGCCCCGCUCGUUUUGAGGACUCGGCUCGCUCGGUCCCGCAGGGCGCCCGGGCAGCUCCCCCGUGGGCAGCCGCUGUGGCCGCUGCCCGCCGUCGCGCGGGGCCGCGAGCAUCCGCAGGGACCAGCCUCCCCGGGGAUGCUCCGGUGCCGUCCUGCCCACGACGCCCCGGCCCCGGGAAGCAGCGGGUUUCCACUGUGUCGGCUUCUCUCCUGCUCCGCUGCUCGGGGGGACGGGGUCCAGCUCACCAUCCCGGCACCACCUUCCCUGCUCCAUGCAAAAGCUGCUGGAUGCAUCCCGAGAGGAUCCAUCCCAGGUCAGAGCCCGCGGGAUGCGCAGGAUGGGACUGCGGGAGCGGGGCCGCGGGCUCGGUGCUUGGAGACGUGAAGCCUCCAGGAAGGGGAGCGUCGCCGGGCUCUUUCCCAGCUCCUGCACUCCUCCCCGGCACCGCCGGCGCCGGGAGACGGGACGGGGCUGCCUGCAGCUCUGGUCCCUCUGGCUCCGGGCAUCCUCGAGCCAAGGCUUCCCAAAGGCCGGCACCUUGCAGCAGCACGGAGAGCAUUACCGUUGCCUGGCGCGGGACAGCCCGCUGUAGAUAAGAAGAGACUGGAGCAGAGGAAAUGCAUUUUCCAAACCCAGGGAUUUUCCCCAAACUUUCAUUCGGCUUUGUCUGUCGAGCUGAAAGCCCGGCUAGAUCCAGAGCAGGAGGGGCCUCGGCCCUGGGUUCCUCCUCGCCCGGGGCAGCAGACCCCUCUCCCGGCCCCAAAGUUUCGGGUUCUGCCCCAAAAGGCGUGUGGGCGUGCUGGGUCGGGGCCGCCGGGGCUGAGCUGCUCCGCGGACGUGCUGGAAGGGCAGGGCGGGCGCGGGGUCUUCGCGGGGACAAAAAUGCGUCGCCUUCCCGGGCAGCAGGGUCGGAAACGCUGGAGCGAAUGAGGCCGAGAGCUUUCUCCAAAGUCUUGUUACCAUUUGACGAAAAGUGAAGCCCUGUGCAAAUACCUGCACAAAAUAAACCUGUGUUCUGUCCUGUCUUUCCGGUUGUUCCUUUGACCACUGUGUGUGUGGAAAUGCAGGUCCUUCUGACAUGUAUUAAUUAAAUUAAUUAAGCUUGGAAAA